UUCUUGCAUUGUUUCAGCCCUGCUUUUUAUCGGACGGAUGAGUGCUAAGCUGGAUGAGGCGAACGAAUGGAUAGGCAAGGCAGAGAAAAGUUUAAAGACCUCGCUUUUCAAACGAACACCCGAUUAUGAUAGUGCAAUAGAAUACUACACCAAAGCGGCACUGCUCUUUCGCAACGCAAAACAACUGGAACGAUCUGCUCAGUUAUACGAAAAGGUAGCCGAAUUGCAACUCAAACAUGGUUCGUUUUUCCAUGCUGCCAAAAAUUAUGAAACAGCUUCUUUGUUAUACCGCGAUCUGAAGGAUUUCGAUCGUAUGGCAGAGCUGGUAACACAGGCGGGCGAGUUGCUGCGUAAGUGUGGCGCACCAGAUAGUGCGUCAUACCUCUAUGAAAAGACUGCAAAACCGCUUGAACAACCACUUCCAGAGCGUGCUGCUCAGUUCUACGAGCUCGCUGCCGACUCAUGUGAGGUUGAGGAAAAAUACCAUGCUGCCGCCGAUCAGUGCAAUAACGCCGCUCGCGUAUGGGUCCGCAUACGUCGAUUUGCAGAAGCAGAACGUCUUCUGCGUCUCUACAUCGACUAUACAGAGAAGGGAAAUCCUAGUUCUACGUAUGCUACCCUGAGUGGACUGGCUGAUAACACGGCCGUACCAAAAAUCUGUGCGCGAGCUGUGCUCGUCCUCAUUCUGAUGAAGCUCCAUCAAGGCGAUGAAGUAGCUGCCGGAAAGAUUUACUCAGAAGCAGUUCAACGAUGGCGAUUCUUGGAAGCGGACGAGAAUUUAUCCGUUCGACGACUACUUGGCGCAUUUGAGGAGUGUGAUGGAGCAGCCGCGGCACAGGCAAUCAAAGAACCUUGCUUCAGGACACUCGACCUAGACUAUGCCAGAUUGGUCAACGAAAUCAAAUUACCGAAAGUUCAAACAGUCAAGCCGAAAACCGAAAGGCCCACCGAGCCAUUUGUCUCUUCUGAUGGCUACAGUUCGCCUGGUUCUGAUCGAUAUGAUGCUGAUUCCGGCAAUCAGAACGCUGUGGAGGAAGAGGAAGAAGAAGACAUAUGCUGAAUGGCAUACGCGUCCUUGGUCAUUCACGAAUUGUUCCGGCCGAAUUCAUGACAUCCUAUGCUGUUAUACUUGUUACCGGGACAACUGAUCAUUCCUCGACAUAUUUGAGUCCCUCGAAAAGUACGAUACUAUCUUUAGUGUGGUUUAAAUUCCUCACCAAUGUCUUCUGACGGCUUCUACGCUGCAGUUGAGGGACUUCAUGGUGAUGUUAUUUAUACUUCCUUUGUCUAUCAAAUGCUGAACUUCUUUAUUCCUUCUACCUGUAUCUUGUAAAAAAAAACACUGGUCUUCAACCAACAUUCCCGUUAGAUUAAAGAAAACGGUGUGUAACAUUUCUUGGAUUUCUACUUAUCAUUCGGCUUAUCUACUUACAUGACUGCCUCUG